AAAAAUUUGACUGUACUUGUUUAACCUCGUGGAAACUUCACCAAAUGCUAAUCUAAUCUAAAAUUUUUAAUAUCAAACAUUUAAUUUAAUGGUCAUGAUGGGAGGAUUUUCUUCUUCGCUUCCUUUGCUUUUCUUUUUCUAUGGUGGUGGUUAAUAAUAAUAGUAGACAGGGUUUGGAGGAAGAGGCACCAGCAGCAAUGCUUUGAGCCUGAGGGGAUUCGAACCAGGGUCCUGUUGAAGUUGAAGCCAUCUUCUAUGGGUCAAAGGUAACACCAUGAACUGGAUUGAUUUCAUCAUCACAUUUUUCCAAGUAAAGGCUGGGUCAUAAUAAUUUUCAUGCAAGGGGGCUCUCCAUGUGCUCCACUGUCACCUGUUUCUAUCUUAGUACAAAAAAUGAGUUCAUCUACAAAAGGCGUGUCGAACACUAAGCAAACAGUUUUAAAUCCAAAUGCAGCGGAAUUUAUUCCCUCAUCAUUUAGAUCUGCUUCUAGCAGUUCAAAGAACUUUCAUGCAUCCAAGCCCGAAGCUGGAGAGAGCUAUGGUAAAGCUGUCUUAGACAGGACUGAAUCCGCAACUUCAAACAACUCUGACGAUGAGACUCGCCAAUACUGGCGUUAUCGACUUCCUGAUGACAUUACACCUGAUUUUGUGGACGAUUUAUUGCAAGACUCAGAGAGUUCUUUAGCAGCAACUCCUGCUGGUCUUGAUUAUUCAUCAGGAUCCAAGGCUAUGAAUUUAAUGGAAAGUGGGCAGUUAGCUUAUGACAAUCUGUCUCAUAGGAUUGAUCCCAGUUAUUCUAAUGGUAAGUCAAGGUUUGUUUUUUCUGAGCAUGGAGAAGGAAAAUAUGCUAGUGGAAUGUCUGCUUCUAGUGCUUGGGAUCAACAAUCUAUGGGUCAUGAACAGCAGCUGGUAAAAACCGUAGAUGGAUAUGUUGCAGCUGAUGAAUGUAAUCUUGGCUUUUUGAAUGAAUUGGUAGGAGACCAAGGACUUAUGGACAACAAUGGAAUCAAUCCUGUGGAGCUUCUUUCAACAGAAUUCCCUGGAUUUGCAGCUGAGAGCCUGGCAGGCAUUUACCUUGCAAGCGGAGGUGACUUAAGCUUGACAAUGGAGAUGCUUACUCAACUUGAGAUUCAAGAAGACACCGGUCCACAUAACUCCUUUGCUGCAAAGUCAUCUUCUGCCCCAAAUCUUACUAGCAUGGACUUUCCUGCCCUGUCCAGUGUAGAAAUGUUGAAUGGUUUGUCACAAUAUACAGAAGAUGAUGUCCAACUGUCCGCAAAUACAUACAGAAAAGGGGAGGCAAAUAAGUUAUUCUUUAGUGGGUCUAAUACUAAUGGCAAUUCUAUAUCUGCCACUGAUUUUGCUGCAAUAGUUAGAAAAAAUGCAUCUGAGAAUUCAGGACAGUGGAAAUAUGACAGAAAUGGUACAAUGGAUGUCAAUCUGGGAUCAGGUAGAAACUCUCAAGCCUCAGCAGGAUCAUUUGCAGCAAAUAACAGAGUAAUGGAUGUAGAUAGGAUACGAAGUUCUACUAACUUAAGGCAAACUCCACAACUGUGGCUUGAAACUGGAGAUGCAGUGGCAAAUAUAUAUUCAGAUCUGAGAGAGGAAGCUCGAGACCAUGCCCGUGUUCGAAAUGCAUACUUUGAGCAGGCCAGACAAGCAUUUAUCAUAGGCAAUAAAGCCCUUGCAAAAGAAUUGAGUACCAAAGGCCAGUGGCACAAUGGACUGAUGAAAGCUGCACAUGAGAAAGCUGCAGAAGCAAUAUAUCGACAGAGGAACCAAGCAACUGCCCAUCUUCAAAAUUUACCGCAGGGACAAGGACAAUUGAUUGAUCUUCAUGGCCUUCAUGUGAGUGAGGCUAUACAUGUGUUAAAGGCUGAACUUGCUGUUCUUCGUAGUACGGUAAGAUCUUCCGGUCAGCGUCAACAGGUUUUGAUAUGUGUAGGGACUGGUCACCACACCAAAGGAUCUCGUACACCAGCAAGGCUGCCUAUUGCAAUUGAAAAGUAUCUCUUAGAAGAUGAACAUCUUGAUUAUGCUGAACCUCAACCAGGAAUGCUGCAAGUUGUAAUAUACUGACUGGAGAACAAUUGAGGUGUGGGAUAUCGUCUCCCUUGCGAAGGCUUGCAUUCUUGUCAUUUAGUGUAUAGGAAACAACAGGGAUCUUGAGUUCUUUUCAAUAUCUACCUGUGGAGAUGUAUGUAUCAUGUGCUGUAUCUUUAUUGUAACAUUUACUUCUUUCAAGAAGUGUUAGAUGGUUAGUUUUCAAAAUGUAAUUCACUGCUUAUGCCAUAGGCUGCAAGCUCCAGGGAGUGUGGCCUAUUUGGAAGGCUUUAACCUUCCUCAGGUGAGAAAAGAGUGACAAGGCUCUUGAAUUUUUGGCUGCCUGUUACUUAAAAAGAGGACAAGUCCAUAGAAUUUUAGCAUUCACUAAUUUCAUUAUUUACUGUUCAUUUAUUAAAAAUUGUAAUUUUUGAUGGUGAAAUUUAACAGUCCAUGGAAUUUAUACAUACAUUUUUUGUGUACGCUUA